AUGAAAGGGGGAAAGCACUCCACCCUGUGGCACUCCACCGGAAAAAUGAAAACGGUGAGAAAAACCGUUUCCUACUUUCACUGUCGAAUAACGGUCCUUCCAUUACGACGUCAUCCAAUUCAAUAA